AUGAAAGAAAAGGAUAUAAGAAGAAAAACUUUAGAAUAAGAAGGAAAGAAUAGUGAAAAGGAAGAUAUUAUAAAUUAUUUAAUAAAAAAUAAACUCCUUGAAAAAAUCGAUAUUCAAAAUAUUGCUUAAGAUUUUAUCGCAUUCUAUAUAGCAGGUAUUGAAACUACAAGCCAUUUAACUGGAAUGAUUAUUUAUUAUUUAACUUAAUAUAAAGAAGUUAAAGAAAAACUUAUAAAAGAAAUAAAUGGAGCAUAAUUUGAAUAAAUUUAAACUCUAGUCUAUUUAAAUGCCGUAAUAAAAGAAUGUUUAAGAUUUUAUACGUCAGCUAAUUAACUUGGUUAUAGAGAAGCAACAAAGGAUCAUUAUUUAUAAAAUAUUUUUAUUCCAAAAGGAACUUUAGUCACACCUUUAAUUAUUGGUAUCCAUAGAAAUCCAUUAUAUUAUGAAAAUCCUCAUGUAUUUGAUCCUGAAAGAUGGUUAAAAGAUAUAAAAUAUCCUCCAUAUUCAUAUAUUCCUUUUAGUGCUGGUAAAAGAAAUUGCCUUGGAUAACAUAUGGCUAGUAUUGAAGCAAAAAUAAUAUUAUAUUAUUUUUUAAAAACAUUUGAUUUUGAAUGUGAUGAAGGAUUUGAAUUAAAAAUGUAAAAUAGUUUUUUAUAUCACCCAUUAGAUCCACUAUAAAUAAACUUAAAAGUUAAAAAUAAUGAAUUUAUUUGA